GUUAUUAUUUCUGCAGCACUUGACGUCAAGGUACUAGUGGAUUUCUGAAAUCGGCGGAAAGUUCACAUCCCAUUUCUCUGACAACUUUGAAGUUGUUACUGGCUCCAUCUCUGUCUCUGCAAAAAUUUUCUUCGAGAAGUCUUGAAAAAAUACGGAGUCUAGUUAUAGGGACACAAAGACACAAUCAAUUAGCAUGGACUUAAAACGUGUGCAAUAUGAUCAGUUGCCACUGGAGGAAGAUUCCAUUCCUCCAGAGAAACAAAAAACGAUUUCAACUGGCCGACGACUUGUAUAUGGACUCGUCUGCGCAGUUCUCAUGGUAUUGACCACCAUCGGCACCUUCUGGGCAUGGUCCCACAGACAUCCAAAUCUACCGCAAUACCUUGACUGUGGUUCAACAACCGAAGAAGCGCUUGCAAAAGGCUGCGUAAUGGAACCCAUGAUAUACGGCUGGGUACCACAAGAAUGUUAUUUUCCAGAACUGAGCAAACAAUACUCACCCUUCGAAGACCGAAAAUGGUACACCGAUGCCACCUAUUCUGUCCAAAUACCGCCUGCGGAUCUGUGGGCCGGAAAGAGAAAACAUGUUUUUACGCACAUGUAUCAUUCGACGCAUUGUUUUUUUCUCUGGAGGAAAUUGGCUUUGGGUGUGGCGAAGAGAGCGGAUUAUUUGGAUGAUAAGUCCUUGGAGUUGGAACAUGCGGAUCAUUGUGCUGAGAUCUUGGAUCAUUAUGGAGGGGAGACGAUGAAUUCAACGAAUGAUGUUGUGUUGGGUUUUCACAGGUGUGAGAGGUUGGCUUGGACGUAGCGUAGGACAUGGGUAAAGGGAAUGGAAUUUUGCAGUACGAUUGCGAAAUGAAAAUUUAAGGUCGAAUCAAUUCGAUUGCUUCUGCAUUAAAACCAGAAUGAAUGGUGCACAACUUCUCCUGUACGAUUUACAUCUGAUUUCUUCGAAGAGUAGUGGGCCUACAAUCAGACAGCAUUUCUACUUGCUGAAUAUGUUCAGAUUGAUUUGGGAUGUUGCAGUCUUCGCUUUACUUCUUCGCUUUACUUUGCCGCGCACUAGUAAUAUAGCAUAAGAAACAGGGCAAUGGGCAACUGGUAUUGAGCAUAGCUCAAGAUAUGUAUUCAACUGUUUGAUCAUCAUUAGUUCAAAAUAUGA